AUGACGACUCCUAAGAUGCCCGUAUCAAUCCUAAAGAAGGCAACCAACCCCGCCACCAACUCCAGCUCCAACUCCAGAGAUGAUCGCAAUCGAGCAUUAGCACUGCACCACGCAGGACUCAUACAACAGCGCAAGGACAUCGAACUUGAAAUCCUUCUAUCCAUGGAGACCCUCAUGGACUACCCACUUGCCACCUUUCCAUACAACGCCAGCAACCCCUCCCCCGAAGAUGCAAAAACCUUCAAAGACCUACUAUGGCCUUUCCAACCAAGCGACUAUGACGCCCUACUAGUUGAACGCAACAUCAACGGUCAUUGCGGCUAUACGUUAUGUCCGAACCCGAGGCUUAAGGAAGAAGGCGGCGGAAAGUACAGGGUCAUAUACAAGAGUGGCAAGGCGAAGGAUUUCAAAGUCGUGGAGAAAGAGGAGCUUGAGAAGUGGUGUUCGGAGGACUGCGCUAGGAGAGCACUAUACGUGAGGGUUCAGUUAAGUGAAACUCCGGCUUGGGAGAGAGGAGCUUUCCAAUCGCUAGGCAGGAUUGAUUUACUUGAUGAGCCGAAGUCUGACGAUGUGGUUGUUAUGGAUGGUAUUGCGCAAAUGCAGCUGGGUGGAGAGGAACGGGACCGGCAACAGAAAACGGCAAAUUUAGCACUUGAGAGAGGUGACAGGGGAACUGCUGCUCAAAGCGGACUGGUUGACGUCCGGAUACAGGAGAAUCAGGUCCAAGGAAAUGCUCAACCUCCUUCACUGGAUAUUGACAACGGUGAUCUCAGCAGAAGGUUGGACGACAUGCACCUGGCCUUGGAAGGGCAUAUACCAACUUUCGGCACUGGCAGGCAAAUAAGUCAAGACGAAGAGGAUACCGACUGGAAACUGUGA